CCGUCGCUGCCGAAUGUCGCGCUGUUGCGUCGGCGAAGAGAAGGGAGCGAGAGCAGCGGCGGCGGGGAGGAAGGGAAGGCUCUCGGUGGCGUCUCAGGGGCUCCGGAAAGGACUCCGCGGAGGAGGAGAGGGUCCCUGAAGGAGAGCGGAGGAAGGAAGGAAGGAAGGAGGGCCCUGGGCCGGGCCUGGCCCGCCUCACCCCCGGCGGCCCCCUCAGUGAAUUGUUAAAGGCUCCGUCAUAGGUUCAUAGCUGAACUAUAAAACAUGAACGGUGAUCUUCCAGGUCCAGAUCUCCUGGAGGAGAUCACAAGGCAGCCCUGGCCCUUGGCCUCCCCUGUUGUCGUCCUUCCAUGUCUCAAUGGACUCCUCGGUGUAAUGUAGUCUAUACCCCAGAAGCGGAUAUGAAGAGUGACGUUUCGUCUGGCGCACCCAAGAGCCAGGAAAGCCUAAAGGGGAUCCUCUUGAACCCUCCUCCACCUCCCAUCGAGGCAGGCAAAAGCUUCCCUGAAAAAGAGGUGGAGAUGAUUGCCAGCAAAGUUGGGGAUGAAUUCUCUCACCUUUGUGGAGACACUCAGAAGCAGAAGGAUAUCAGCGGGAGUCACCCGGAGCAAGAGACCCUUGUCAUGCGGAAGAAGCGCAAGAGCCAGCAGGCUGGCCCGUCCUAUGCUCAGAACUGCGGCAGCAAAGAGAAUGGCCAGAUUUUAGGAUUACGGCAGCGCCUUGAUACGCAGAGUGAGGACAACGACUCCUCUUUCAGCGAAUGUGUCUCGUCGCCCUCCUCUAGCUUGCAUUUUGGGGACUCCGACACAGUAACAUCCGAGGAGGACAAGGAGGCGGCUCCUGUGAGGCACACUCGGGCCGUCCUCAACGCCUCCAGCCGAACUCACGGCUCUCGGCCGCAGAAGUGGCCCCGGACAGAGGCUGAAUCUGUAUCAGGGCUGUUAAUAAAAAGGCCCUGUUUCCACAGUGGUAAUUCCCUGAGAAGGCUCCCAUACAGGAAGCGAUUUGUGAAAACCAGCUCCUCGCAGCGGACGCAAAACCAAAAGGAGCGAAUUUUAAUGCAGCGGAAAAAAAGGGAGGUCUUGGCUCGGCGGAAAUACGCAUUGCUACCUAGCUCUAGUAGUUCCAGUGAGAAUGACCUGAGCAGCGAAUCCUCUUCCAGCUCUUCCUCCGAAGGAGAGGAAGAUAUCUUUGUCUCAACUGGCGAAAACCACCAAAACAGUACUGCUGUUCCCUCAGGGAGUGUCGAUGAAGAUGUUGUGGUGAUCGAAGCGUCCUCCACUCCCCAAGUCACUGCCAAUGAAGAAAUCAAUGUUACCUCAACAGACAGUGAAGUGGAGAUUGUAACCGUUGGAGAAAGUUACCGGUCCCGCUCCUCUCUUGGGCACUCGCGUUCCCACUGGGGCCACAGUUCCAGUUCCCACGCGUCACGGCCACAGGAGCAGCGGAACCGAAGCAGGAUCUCCACGGUCAUCCAGCCACUGAGACAGAAUGCCGCAGAAGUCGUGGACCUCACGGUGGAUGAGGACGAGCCAACCAUUGUGCCGACAACUUCGUCUCGCGGAGAAGCCCAGCUUGCAAAUUCUGCUUCUGAUGGUGGCCCCAACGCUGCAGCCCUAGAGCCGGUCUCUGAUGUAGCAUCCAACAUCCCCAGCAGCCAGUCCUCCUCAGGACCAGAGCCAGUGGUUGUCCUGACCAACAGCAGCAGUGCUGGGAAUUCAGCAGGAGAUGAUGCCAGAGGCAAUACCUCAAGUACGACACUGGAAUCCGGCCCUCCCGCCAUGCCAAGACUGCCAUCCUGCUGCCCCCAGCAUUCUCCAUGCAAUGGCAGCAAUGGUGGCACCUCUUCACAGAACCUUCACGUCUUGGGACACCCUCACGCCAGCUGCUUCCAGCAGCAUGGCCACCACUUCCAGCAUCACCAUCACCAUCACCACAACCCCCACACCAGCGUCCCACUCUCGCCGUCGUUCAGUGAAUCCAGCUGCCCAGUGGAAAGGCCUCCUCCUAUGCCGGCACCUGGGGCCCCAAGCAGCAGCUCUGGCAGUACCUACCAUGACCAGCAGGCGCUGCCGGUGGACCUCAGCAGCAGUGGCAUCAGGAAUCAUGGGAGUGGCUCUUUCCACGGAGCAUCUGCCUUUGACCCCUGCUGUCCAGGCUCUUCCUCCCGCACAGCCAUCUACGGGCACCAGGCCGGCACCACUCCAAGUCAACCCAUCGCUAUCGACGGAUACAGCGCCAACAUGGUCUCCCAGCCCCAACCCCCAGCUCCAGCAUCGCUCUCCUCGUGCCGACAUUACAUGCAUUCGCCUUAUGCCUCCUUGACUCGGCCACUUCACCACCAGGCUUCUGCGUGCCCCCAUUCUCACGGAAACCCUCCUCCUCCUGCUCCCCCUCAGCCACCGCAGCCUCCCCCUCAAGUGGACUACAUCAUCCCUCACCCGGUCCACCCUUUCCACCCUUCCAUAUCCUCACAUGCCUCCUCCCACCCUGUUCCGCCCCCGCCUCCUCCCCACCCGCUGGCCAACGCGGCUGCCCCGAUCCCGCAGCCUCUUCCGACUGCCCACCAGUCGAUAUCUCACCACAUCCCGGCCACAGUGCCUUCCGCACAGAGGCUGCACCCUCACGAAGUCAUCCAGAGGAUGGAGGUCCAGCGGAGAAGGAUGAUGCAGCAUCCCACGCGAGCCCAUGAACGGCCUCCCCCACAUCCUCACCGGAUGCAUCCCAACUAUGGCCAUGGGCACCACAUCCACGUGCCACAGACAAUGUCUUCUCACCCACGACAAGCACCUGAGCGGUCUGCCUGGGAACUGGGCAUCGAAGGAGUGGCUGCCGCAACCUACCCGCCAGGUCCCCUGCACCCUCACUUGGCCCACUAUCACACGCCGCCCCGACUUCACCACUUGCAAUUAGGCACACUUCCUUUAAUGGUUCCAGACAUGGCGGGCUAUCCUCAUAUCCGUUACAUUUCAUCGGGAUUGGAUGGAACUUCAUUCAGAGGCCCUUUCCGGGGCAAUUUUGAGGAAUUAAUUCAUCUUGAAGAACGCUUAGGAAAUGUGAAUCGCGGAGCUUCCCAAGGAACUAUUGAAAGGUGCACUUAUCCUCACAAGUACAAAAAGGUAACAACUGAUUGGUUCUCACAGAGGAAACUGCACUGCAAACAAGAUGGGGAAGAAGGAACUGAGGAAGAUACAGAGGAAAAGUGUACCAUCUGUUUGUCUAUAUUAGAGGAAGGUGAAGAUGUCAGGCGCCUUCCAUGUAUGCAUCUCUUCCACCAAGUCUGCGUGGACCAGUGGCUGAUCACAAACAAGAAGUGCCCCAUCUGCAGAGUGGACAUUGAGGCCCAGCUGCCCAGCGAGAGCUGACACCCUUUUGCCUGAAAAGCCUCCUGCUUCUCCCCCCCGGCCCCCGAAAUCCUUUCACGUCCCCCCAUCCUUCCUUCCUUCCUUCCUUCCUGGCACUGCAGUCAACCAAAGAUGGCAUGACUUACCUGCGCAGAGGUGGGAAGCCUUUGAACCUGCUCAAGUACCCUUUCGUCUGCUCUGUGGUAUACCUUAAACGCUAACCCUACAGUUCAAUGUAUUUAUAAAAAGCUUUUCCGUUUCCAUUUUUUUGUUUUUGUUAAUAGACUUUAUGAUUCUCCCACCCACACAUCCCCCCCUUUCACUCUUUUAACACACAUUUUUUUCCUUUUUAUUUUUUUUUUCUUUUUGCAUGGUUCCUCGUAAUGCAUUUCUUUGCACAUGUUAUGGGCUUCGUGACCUCCCCAGACUUGCAGGCAAGAUUUAUCUGCUUUAGGAAGUAGAAUUGUGUGGUCUUUUGAUUUUUAUUUUGGAUAUAUAUAUAUAUAUAUAUAUAUAUAUAUAUAUAUAUAUAGUCAAGCUUUUCAGAGUAUGAUUUUACUCAUUACUAACCUCGAAAGUCCUUAAUUUAAUCAAGUAUUUUAGUUUUAAAUGUAUAAAGACUUUAAAAAAAAAAGAAAAGGAUAUUAUUGUGUUUUUAAGACAUUCCUUAAUUAGGAAAAAAAAAUAAAAGGCUGCUGUAUACUUGCAUUGGGCAAAACCCCCACAUGCUUCUCUUGCGCAAAUCCCCAUCAGACGAGAUUCUGCGCAAGAGCACCGCAGGCGCUGUUUGUUCCAUGUUGCAUCAUCCGUAAUAACUGGGGACAUUUAAAAAAAUAAAACCAACCUUCCAAACCCUUUGAUUUUCCAGAAUGGCCUCCUCAUCACUGGAGCAAUCCUCUUCAGACUGUAUUUUUUAUGUUCUUAAACUUUCAGCACAAUGCAGAUAUAUUUGAAUGUCAAUAUUAAAAAAAGAAGAACAUUUA